CGACGCGGUCACACUGAUCACGGCUCCCACAGCCAUUCCGUCGUGCGUGUGUGUUUUUAAGUUCCUGCUUUUAAUUCAUGAUUUUUUGGUAACUUGACUAUCAUUUAAAGAGCGACGCGACGCCCAGGACCUCAGAAACCAAUUGCCAAAGUGUCUUCUCCACCAGCGAGUGCACUAAGUGAGAGAUCAGUGAGAAAACUGCCAACAUGAGCAUACCCAACGAGUAUAUAGCGAAAACGGAGGAUGUGGCGGAACAGGUUAUCAAGCGCGGCAAGAAUGUGCUGCCCACGGUGGCUCGUCUGUGCCUCAUCGCCACCUUCUUCGAGGACGGCCUGCGCAUGUACUUCCAGUGGAACGAGCAGCGCGAGUACAUGGACAUGAGCUGGGGCUGCGGCAAGUUCCUGGCCACCGUCUUUGUUCUGGUCAACCUGCUCGGACAGCUGGGCGGUUGCGGCAUGGUGAUGGCCAGGUUCAAGGUGGACAUAGCGGUGGGCCUGCUCUUCUUUAUCGUUGUGCUGCAGACCGUGGCCUACUCCAUUCUGUGGGACUUCCAGUUCCUGCUGCGCAACUUUGCCCUGAUCGGCGCCCUGCUGCUCGUCCUGGCCGAGGCCAGGAUCGAGGGACGCAGCCUUUUCGCCGGCGUGCCAUCGAUGGGCGACAACAAGCCCAAGAACUUCAUGCAGCUGGCCGGCCGCAUCCUGCUGGCCUUCAUGUUCAUCACUUUGAUCCGUUUUGAGCUGAGCGUGUGGCAGGUCAUCCAGGACAUCAUCGGCUCCAUUCUGAUGGUGCUGGUCGUGCUGGGCUACAAGACGAAGCUGUCCGCCCUGAUUCUGGUGGCCCUGCUCACCAUCCUGAACCUGUACCACAAUGCCUGGUGGACCAUUCCGUCCUACAAGCCACUCAGGGAUUUCUUAAAAUACGACUUUUUCCAGACUCUGUCGGUUAUCGGUGGUCUCCUCAUGAUCGUGUCCUUGGGCCCUGGCGGCGUUUCCAUGGACGAGCACAAGAAGAAGUGGUAGAGGGACUCGGCACCGGUCGCUCCUUGCACGAAACACUUUCAACAAUUGACUUUAACCGUGUUUUACUCUUUCCGAGAAAUGUUAGUUAGGAUUUACCAUAAAAUGGGACAACAACAGGAGCAGCAUCAGCAGCACAACACCGGCACGUAUAAGAACUUGACAAUUUUCAAUAAAGGGACUUCCGCAAUACCCUUUCUCCACUGGCUUUAUCAUAGGGAUCAUCCAACCCAACCCAAAAACAUUUUCAUUCGCGCACAUUCAACGACAAACUUCGAUUACAUUUAAGACAUUUUCUUUUUGUACAUAACGAGAAAGCAAGAAAAAAGUGUGGCCCCUUUUAUAGCCCCUCCCAAAUGAGGGACAUAACUGAUUUUUGUAUCUACUGCUUGUCAAUAUCCAUAUUUUUCACCGAUUUUUUUAUAUGAUUUGUACGCUCUUAUAAAUAAGUUGUAACCUUGGUGUUUGCGUUUUGUUGUUUGCUAGAAGUUUGAAAAUGAAAACGAUGUAUAAAAUAUGAUGUACCAAUUGACAAUGAUUUGUUUCUUUCGUUUAUAAGCAAAAGUGUAAUAGAAUUAAAUUGUAACGUUUUAAUAAACCUAAAGAAGAAAAACCGA